UAAUUUUGCCUUUUUUAAAAAAAAAAUUGAUAGAAAAAGUGAAAUUUCUUUAAAUAAUAUUUCCUAUAAAAAAAAUACUCCAUAAUAAACUGUCUUUCCUCGUAAAAAAUCCGAUAUCUUUAUUCGCUCAUUACUUGCAAAUUUACAAGCAGUUAGGAAUGAUUAGUAAAUUGGGGUGUUUGAAAGCACAAAAGGGAAAAGAUGCAACAAUACCCAUUAUUUCAACACAAAUCACCCUUUACCGAUACCGAAAGACGUCAUUUGGAAAAAUCAUUGGAAACUUUGAAUUUUCGGUUGAUGUUGCUGGAAAAAUUGCUAAUAUUCUCGAAAAAUAAAUACGCAAAGAAAACUGAAAGUAUCACACGCGAAUUGGCUAGGACGAGAUGGGAGUUAUCCAAGAUGGGAGAGGAAAAUAAAAUUCUGCUGGGAUUGAUUAUGAAGGGUCUUUUUUAUUUGACAAAAACAUCAUUCAAAAAUUAUAAAGAAAAUAACGACAUCGACCUAUCCAAUCUAUUAACACCUAAUAGUAUUUUUAAAAAUCUUGAAUUCUCAAAUGGAUCCCACACCACGAGCGUCACAAGAUUUGUACUGGAAAGAAGUGCAUCUACCCACUCCUCUUCCUGUAAUCAAUACGAUUGCUACGAUGACAAUAAAUCCGAUACGUAUUCGAAUCCAUGCCCUAGCGGAUUUUCAGAUAUCAACAUAUCUAUGGCCAGUCUUCAAAUGAAUACGGAUACCGAGAUUCCUGCUGGAAAGCGUAGGCGGGAGAAAUUUGUGACAAAAUGUAUGAGUUCUAUAUCAUUCAGGGUUAGAAAGUCUGGUAAAUACGUAGUGACUCGUAGAGAACCUCGUAGCAGUGAGUUGGAUAACAAUUUGGAUAGUAAUAGCAAACACACUUUGCUGCUGAUUCUGAAUAAAAUUUUCAAAAAGUUCAAGGAAAAGUGACUAUAUUUAUCUUUCUCAAUUUCUGUUAUAACGUAUAAGUAAU